AUGGUGACCUGGGCUCGGGACUUAGUCACCUUCAAGGAUGUGGCUGUGAACUUCUCCCAGGAGGAGUGGUCUCUGCUGGACCCGACCCAGAGAAUUCUCUACAAGGAUGUGAUGCUGGAGACCUGCAGGAAUCUGUUCUCACUGGUCCUCCUUCAUGACACAUAUUUCCCCAAGAGCAGAGCCUUCAGCCUGUUCUGCAACAUGAUUGUGCACAAGCAGAGUCACAUGGGCAAGAAGCCCUAUGAGUGCAGUGCCUGUGGCAAAGCCUUUACAGACUCUUCCCACUUGGGCAUCCACACAUGCAUCCACACUGGAGAGAAACCCUGUGAAUGUCAGUAUUUUGGGAAACUCUUCAGUGAUCUCUCCAACCUCAGGAAACAUUUGGAAAACCAUACUGGAGGCAAGUCCUACAAAUGCUCUUGUCACACUGGGGAGAAGCCCUUUGUGUGCAAGAAAUGUGAGAAAGCCUUUUCAGAUUCCUCCCAUCUUAUCACCCAUGAGAAGAUCCACAGUGAAGAGAAGCUGCAUGUGUGUGAGCAGUGUGGGAAAGGCUUCACUGACCCCUCAUACCUUGUCAUCCAUGGGAGUCUCCACUUGAGGGAGAAGCCCUAUGAGUGUCAAGACUUUGGGAAAGUUUUCAGCUAUUCAGCCUCCUUUCAGAGACACAUAAGAACUCAUGCUGGAGAGAAGCACUAUGAAUGCUUCAAGUGUGGGAAAGCAUUUAUUGAUAGUGCAAACCUUAAGAGCCACGUGCGGUCUCAUGCUGGAGGGAGAUGCUCCAAAUGUAACUAA